GUACCAUUAAAUUAUUUAAAGAGGGUGGAACAGUAGAUAUUUUGGUGAUACAACAUAAAAGUCGACGUAAAAGACGCCGAUCCUUGGGUGGCUAUUUUUGGAUAAUGAACCAGCAAGAAACGUAUAUAUCUCAGUCAAUUUUUCUUUUAAAAAUCAACAAUUAUUUCUGACUGGAGUAGUUAUUUAUUUCACAUUAAUUGUACCCUUGUCGUUUGCUGUUGAGUGACCCCUCCUGUCUUAUAGACGAUCUUGGUAGUUCUUAGCACGCAGCUUCUGUGUGUGACAACAGCUGAGGAUGUGGUAAAACAACACGAAUUUAAAAACUAACGGACAAGCAAAUUUGUUCGGCAUUGUGACGACAACCGUUCGUUAACAGGAGUGACAUCGAUGGAGGAAUAAGCCCCCAGUACUCAUGGAAACCCAGAGGAAGAGCUCUGGGGAUGAUAAUGGAGGUGAACGUGGCUUAGUGCACACCUGGAAGGGCUACUCCUGCAGUGUCACCCCUGACAGGCUCCUCCUACCACGACCAGUCCUUCAAGUUGCUCUUGGUACACAGCAUGGCGUUUUGCUGGUGGAAGGUGGACAGGUGUACAGUUUUGGAGAACUGCCGUGGAAGCAGAAUCAAGUCUCAGCAGGACCCAGCCUCGAGACCUCCCUCUGUGGCCAGAGAGUAGUGGCUGUCGCAGCAGGAAGUUUCCACUGUGGUGCCGUGACAGAAGAUGGCGGCAUCCACAUGUGGGGGGACAAUGGUGCAGGACAGUGUGGCCUGUUGGGUCUCAAUACUGUCUCCAAUCCUACUCCAGUGGCUCUGUUGGACUCAGACACCGGCCCCUCCCAGUCUGUUCCUGUCAUAGAGCUUGCCUGCGGGGAGCAGCACACCCUGGCCCUGUCUGUCCACCAAGAGGUGUGGGCUUGGGGCAGUGGGUGCCAGCUGGGCCUCGGCGCAACAACGUAUCCUGUGUGGAAACCACAAAAGGUUGAACAAUUGGUGGGGCGUUGUGUACUUCAGGUGGCCUGCGGGGCCUCACACAGCCUGGCUCUGGUGAGAUGCCUGGGCCCUCAGGACAACAGACGCCCUCCAGUGGACAAGUGCAAACAGUGUAACCAGCUGCUGUACACUAUGACAGAUAAAGAGGACCACGUCAUCAUCUCAGAUGGACAUUGUUGCCCCGUUGCUCAGGAAGUGACUGAGGAGGAAGGUAAAUUGGAGGCACUUGGCUCUGGACAUAGACUCAAAACAUCUCCAUCUGAGCCCAUCCUCCCCUCCCAGACGUCCACAUUAACCUCUGACUCCUCAGCCCGUGAUGGAAAUGCCGAGCCCUCGAACUCUAACCCCAUUCAGAAAGAAUCGGCCCUAGCUAACGGAGUGGUGCCGUGCACUGACUCUUGCCAUACGGCUGAGACCAAUGGCAGCAGUGGUGCUGUAUCACUGGUGAAGAAUUCACUCUACCCAGAUGAGCAGGCUGUCAAAGACUACCUGAAGAAACUGACAGACAACUCUCAGACUGAAGCAAAGUCCCCUGCUGGAGGACUGCACAGUCUGCUGUCUUCAGCUGGAGGCUUUGGUUCUACCUCCAGCUCCGCUCUCAACAACCUGGUGGCCUCAUGCGCCACUGCAGUGGGAGAAAGAGUUGUUUCCACCUAUGAGUCCCUCUCCCUUAAAAAGAUGAUGAACUACCUCCCCUCUGGGGUGUCUAGGCCGGUCGGAUUCACCGGUUCCAUUCCAGUGGUGGGUGACAACACUAUUGAACGUGUCCACCAAGAGGACUUCAUGCAGGGCAAGAAGAGUUCCAGCACAGGUGACAUCCGUGAGGAGGAGGCUGAGAGUGCACAGCGCCGCCUGUCACUGCCGGGACUCCUGUCACAGGGUAGAUACGCUGUUCACCUCUUAUCAUCCUCCUAUACUUUGCUGCUUUCCCCACGGCUGCUUAGAAAAAUCGGUCGCUCUAGGAUGCGUGCUGGUGCACUCACCCCACUAGGAGGAGCAGUCCCAGAGGCCCAGGAGAUGCUACCGACCCUGCAGACAGAGGUGUGGAGCUGGGGCCAAGGAGAACAUGGACAGCUGGGACAUGGAGAUAACCUGGGCCGUUCACAGCCUCUGUGCAUCAAGAGCCUAAACAGUAAGGAGGUGGUGCGAGUGACGGCUGGUGCUCACCAUUCACUGGCUCUGACCGCUCAGUCUCAGAUGUAUUCAUGGGGCAACAACAGCUCCGGUCAGCUCGGACACAUGGAGUCACCCACCACGUUCCCUCACCUUGCAAAGUUGUCCGAAGGUAUUCGUGUGUGGGACGCCAGUGCUGGAAUGAAGCACACCCUCCUGCUCGCAGAUGGCGACUGCAUCCAGCCUAUCAUUUACUACAGCGGCCAGCAGGUGAAAGAUGGAGAGGAGGAGGAAGGAGAGGCCAGGGAGGUGAGUCAACAAGAGGAAGGAGAUGAAGAGCAGGAGCGAGCCAGAGGUUUCACACCGCAGCCCGUACUUCUUCCUUUCUGCAUGAAUCUGGGUUACGUCAGCAAUGUGUUUGCUGGUGGUCGCCUAUGUGUGGCGCUCUCUGACAGGAAUGUUAUGGGCUUCAUUGCUACUCUCCAUGAGCUGGCUGCAGCUGAGAGGAAGUUCUACUGUAAGCUGAGUAGCAUCAAAACACAGAUAAUACGCCCCCUGCUGGGUCUAGAAUCUUUGUGCUCAGCUCUUGGUCCAGUGAUCUUCGGCCUCCUGCAGGCGCUGGUGAGCCGUUUCAGCCUCCUGAGUCACCUGUCAGGGCAGCAUGCCGCUAGCCUGACAGCCAACCUGCGCCGUGGGCGAGAUGUAAAAAAUCUGCUCAUCCUUGACUACACCAGCAUCUUCCUGGAGUCAUACAAUGAAUACUGCAGCUCUCUGGGAAACUUCCAAGUGGUGGGAGGGGCUCAAGCCUUGGCCAAACCCUCACUAGACGUCUUUGGAAAGAGUCCUGAGCUGCUGCAGAAGCUUUCUGAGUGCAGCGAGGAGAACGCUGCCGUGGCCGACCUCCUGUUGGCGCUAUUCUACCUCCCUACUCACCACCUUAAUGAAUACAGUCGACUGCUUCUAAAACUGGGCACCUGCUUUGAAGUGUUCUCGAGUGACUACCAGAAGCUACAGGAGAGCUGCUCUAAGUUUGAAGCCUUGGCUCUGCAGCUGAAGAGGACACGAAAAGAGGCCGAAUACACAUUUCACUUCUGGAAGAGCUUCCCUGGCAAAAUGACGGAUUCCCUGAGGAAGCCUCACCGUAGGCUCAUCUGUGAGAGCAGCAACAAGGCUCUGACGCUGCAGAACGCCGGGAGGUUUUCUGUCAACUGGUUCAUCCUUUUCAACGACGCCUUGAUCCACGCACAGGGCGUGGCACCUCAUAAAAACUUCUUCUCUACACAUCACAUCUUCCCGUUAACCACUCUGUGGGUGGAGCCUACUCCAGAGGAGAACACUGGCAUACAUGGUUUAAAAGUGAUCACACCGGAGGAGACCUUUACCCUGCUGGCCUCCUCACCCAUGGAGAAGGCCAAGUGGCUUCGCUCCAUCAACCAGGCUGUGGACCAGGCUCUGAGUGGGCAGACUGAGCAGGACAGCUCAGCUUCUGGACUGAAGUCGGAGCCUCCAGUCUCCAGGACAGCAUCCUACACGUUUUAUAAAGAUGGUCGUUUGAAAGAGGCCACAUACGAAGGUCACUGGCUCGCAGGCAAACCAAACGGCAGGGGAGUGUUAAAAUGGCCAGAUGGGCGGAUUUACACAGGGGAGUUCAAAAACGGACAUGAAGAUGGCUUUGGUGAAUUCAUUGCUACCAAUAAAACGCUCAACAAAAAAGAUCACUAUGAAGGUCAAUGGAAAGAAGGCAAGAUGCAUGGCCUGGGCACAUACAGGUACGCCAACGGUGAAAUUUAUGACGGUUCCUUCCAGGACGGGAUGCGUCACGGCCACGGCAUGCAGCGCACCGGCAAGCUUAACACUUCCUGUCCCAGUGUCUUCAUCGGACAGUGGCUGCAGGACAAGAAGACUGGAUAUGGAGUUUUUGACGAUAUCACAAAAGGAGAGAAACACAUGGGAACAUGGCAGGACAACCUGCGACAGGGCACCGGUGUGGUCGUCACUCAGUUUGGAUUGUACUAUGAAGGAGCGUUCAAAGAUAAUAAGAUGAUGGGAACUGGGAUCCUUCUGUCAGAGGAUGAUACAACAUUCGAAGGAGAAUUUUCUGAUGACUGGACCCUUAAUGGGAAGGGUGUGCUGACCAUGGCCAACGGUGACUACCUGGAGGGCUCCUUUGGAGGUGAAUGGGGCUCUGGUCUUAAGGUGACGGGAUCCUACUUUAAACCACACCUGUUUGACACAGACAAGGAGAAGAACGCUGCUGUGAAGCUGGGGCGUCUGUGUGUCUGUGCAGAGGACAAGUGGCAGGCAGUGUUCAAGGAGUGCUGGACUCAGCUUGGCUGUGAGGCACCAGGCCAGGGAGAAACCUGCAAAGCUUGGGAGAACAUCACAGUGACCCUCACCACCAGCCGACAGCAGAUGCAGGAGAGUCCAGAGAAUUUUUCCAAGACUCACAGCAAAACUCUGGAGAGUCUGGAGGUUAUCCCACAACAAGUGGGGCCCAUCACUAUGGAAAGAUACGAUACCGUCCGACUCUACCUCAUCAAAGCAUGUGACACCCCCCUUCAUCCCCUGGGCCGUCUGGUGGAGAACCUGGUUGCAGUCUACAGGAUGACCUACGUCGGCGUUGGUGCCAACCGCCGUCUUCUACUACAGGCCGUCAACGAGAUCAAGUCUUAUCUCAACCGUAUUUUCCAGAUUGUCAGGUUUCUGUUCCCUGAACUACCAGCAGAGGGUGGCCUCAUUCCAGAUCCAACCCCAGUCCAUCAGGUUCAGGAAGAGCCUGGCUCCACUGAUGCACCACUGGACUCACCCAAACCUUGCCGAGUGGUGAGUAAAUCUGCUCUGCUGCUUCCUGUCCUGCUGACUACCCCCCCCCACUCCACCCUCCACCCGCGAGACAAGGAGAAAGAAGACGGCGUGUAUUGGGAUUGUGUCCUUCGACUCAACAAGCAGGCUGACCUCGCCCUCCUCGCCUUCCUGGGCGUCCAGCAGAAGUUCUGGCCUGUUUCUGUUCCAGGAUCUAUUGGAGCAGCAGGAGAAAAUCAACAGGUUCUUUCUAACACCAAAGAUGCCUGCUUUGCCUCUGCAGUAGAAACUCUACAGCAAAUCAGCACCACCUUCACACCUUCAGACAAGCUGCAGGUGAUCCAGCUCACCUUUGAGGAGAUCACGCAGGACGUCCAGUCACUGCUGAAGCGGGACUUCCUGUGGUCCAUGGACGACCUCUUCCCUGUCUUUCUCUACGUCGUGCUGCGAGCUCGCAUCAGGAACCUGGGCUCGGAGGUCAGCCUCAUUGAAGACCUAAUGGAUCCGUGUGUCCAGCAUGGAGAGCAUGGAAUCAUGUUCACUACCCUUAAGGCCUGUUAUUACCAGAUCCAACAUGAGAAGAUCACAUAGUGAGACAUGAAUUGUCCUCAGUGAUGUUCAUCCUGCUGAGCCCACAACAGCUCUGGGAAGAGACAGGGUUGGUUAUAACAUACAGGAGCAGUGGCCUCUGUGAAAUGGAAAACCAUGUAAACAGAUCGUAGGCAGCGCCACCUGCUGCUGUGCUGAAGGAGCAAGAUCCUCUAUUCCACAUUGAUGCGCUCUUAUACUCAUAUCUCACGUCAUGUCAUGAAGGUACAUGAUUCUGUGCCGUCUUCCUGUUCAUUUCAUGUUUCAUUUUCUAAAUUGGUUGAAGUCAACGGACCUGACGUCUCCUCUGUUUGAUACCAGACCUCAUGUCCCACACGGAGUAGAAAGGUUUUUUUUUCCCCAUUCGGUUACUGUAAAUCCACAUGAAGAAUCAGGACUUGGACGCCACAGUUUUUCAUGUUUUGCACCUUUAAUCUGACCGAGCAGUUGUUCACUGCUGGUUCAUUCCGGUUUAGUGUUGCACGGGAUCCUGAGGUCCUAUUAAGGGACACUUCCUGUUGACAAGUUACCAAAAAGUACUUGAUCAGUUGACCUGAUGUGGGUAGUUUCUCUGAUUUGAGAAGAAUGGUUUAGUUUAUUGUGAAUAUAAAUGUCGUUGAUGUUUGAUUUCUACAUCACGCUGCCUACAGAGGAGCAGGUGACUGAUGAGUGCAGCUCACAGGAGUGGAUACUUUAAGCAGUUGUGUUCACCAGUCUUUGUCGUCCUCUGUUUAUUGUCUAAACCUAAAAAAUGUGACAAAAGGUGAUUUAUUUUUUUAAUGUAGCUCCUGAGAACUGACACACCUCCUGACAGAUGGAGUCGUUGCUGAGAAGUAUCCCCCAAACAGCACCACAUGCUGUAGAAGUAUAGAGACUUGUACUGUAGCUCCAAGUUUUUACAGUUAUGACACAUUUGUUGUUGUUUAGUUUCAGCCUUUUUACAUGUUAUGGCUCUCAAACUGACUAGUCCUGAGCUUUAUGGAUUAUUUAAGGAAAUUGGAAACAACCAAAGAUCUGUAAAGACUGAAAGAAAGUCUGUAUUGGAUUUUACAUUUUAACACUACAUCAAAACUCUGACAGUUCACACGGAACAGAUAUUCACUACAACUUGGUUCUGAAGAUUAUUUUCACUUGCAACUGUUUGAUUUCACAUUUUUCUAACACACACUUUUAUGGCUUCGUCCAUGAUGUUUUCCUGUCUUUCGACAAUCUGUUCCAGGUUUAUGUGUCUAUUAAUGUGUCUCAAAGAGGUGCUUCCAACCUUUGUUUGAAGUCAUGCUGAGACAUUGUUACCUUGGAGAAAAUCUCCAGUAAUGGUCAAAGUGUGAGGAGACAAUCAACAAGCUGAAACUCCCUGUGUCCUCAGAUCAGUGUUCUGUAAAAUCUUAAACCAUUGUAUCCUGAUGAAUGUUCUGCCACCGAAGGCUGCACUUAAAUAGUGUUUAUUGAAUCUUCACUUGUGAAGUAAAUAUCUCAGAAUGCCAGUAUUGUAAACUUUACUUUUGCAUCACGUUGCUCUUCUGUCUACAUGUGAGGUCUGUUCCUGCGGAGACCAACAUGUGCCUGAAUCUGGAAGCAGUGAAGCAAAAUUCUUCUCCCUCCAUGAGUAAUCAAAACAAUUUGUUUGUGUUAAUUAUUAGAAUCUGAUCUCUUCUACCUUUUGUUGUCGACGUGACCAACCAUUGAACCUCCUUCUAAUACAGAGAUGCUGCUGCUACUGCUCCACAGGGGGAAACAUCAGUGUUUUAUUUUUCACCCACUGAUGCAGAUGAGAAAAAUGUUUCGACUGUAACUGACUCUAGUCACAUGAACUCAUGUCGCUAACAUAUUAGCCGUAGCUAAUUUCCCUGCAGUCAUGUCAGAUUUAAGGUCGAAACUCUGUGACAACACUACAGUUUUCAUCUGUUUACAAUAAAAACUUUGUUUGUAUUGUUUGCCUAAAAAUAACUGACAUUUUGGGUGUGUGUGUGUGUGUGUUUCUGCUCACGGACAUGACGCACAUGUAUAUCUGAUACAUGGAGGUUAUUUGAUGAAGGGCAAUAAACUUUGAACUGCUGUUGAA